CGGCGUUAUAGAAGGGCGGAGGCUUGUUCCGGCGAUGGAGAAGGCCAAUAUAUCGGCGUAUUACGAGACGAGGGCGGCGCACUUUGGCGUAGUGAGCAGCGAGUGGCUGGCUCAGGCUGAGUCUGCCACCGGCCACGGCCACAGCCACAACAACCCACCAGACACCAUUUCCGGCGAUGAUAUUGAUAAGCCUUUCUCCGUCAUCGAGGAGUUCAACGCGUGGCGGAAGCAUCCCGAUUUGGCGGAGGCGGUGGCCGCCAUUCGCGCAUUGGCCGCCGUCAUUAGCAGCAGCAAGGCGACAACAAUGAUGCAGCUGGAGAUCGAGCUCAAGAAGGCCUCCGAUUCCCUUAAAUCGUGGGAUACAACCUCUAUCUCUUUGACAGCAGGCUGUGAUCUGUUUAUGCGAUAUGUGACUAGGACUUCUGCUUUAGAAUAUGAAGACUUCAAUUCAGCAAAGUCUCGCUUGAUUGAACGUGCUGAGAAGUUUGGGGAAAUCUCAUACAAGGCUCGCAAAAUUAUUGCAAUGCUGAGUCAAGAUUUUAUAGUUGAUGGUUGCACAAUUUUGGUUCAUGGUUUUUCCAGAGUUGUCUUACAAGUCCUAAAACUGGCUGCACAAAAUAAGAAACUAUUUCGGGUCUUCUGCACAGAGGGGAGACCAGACCGAACGGGUUUAAGGUUGUCCAAUGAGCUGGCCAAGCUUGAUGUUCCUGUGAAAAUUGUAAUAGACUCUGCAGUGGCAUAUACUAUGGAUGAGGUGGACAUGGUAUUUGUUGGGGCAGAUGGAGUUGUUGAAAGUGGUGGUAUAAUCAACAUGAUGGGGACUUACCAAAUUGCAUUGGUUGCAAAGAGUAUGAAUAAGCCAGUUUAUGUAGCUGCUGAAAGCUACAAGUUUGCUCGUCUUUACCCUCUUGACCAAAAGGAUUUGGCCCCUGCCUUACGCCCAGUUGAUUUUGGUGUACCUAUUCCAUCCAAGGUUGAGGUUGAAUGUUCUGCCAGGGAUUAUACUCCUCCUCAAUAUCUAACUCUGCUUUUCACAGAUUUAGGUGUUCUUACUCCAUCAGUUGUUAGUGAUGAGCUCAUCCAGCUAUACUUAUAGUCGUCCAUGUAAAAUUUUGUUCUGAUUCUUUCAAAAUGUUCACCUCAUUUCAAGAUCGUGUUUGUCUUAAUGAAACAAUUUUCUAACAAGUAUAAGAGUUAACAACCUGAAUGUAAGUGGGGAUAGUCUUUAUUGUGUUUGUUAAGCUUUGACUUUCUGAGAAAUACAAGGGUGGCAAGACCUAUCUAUAAUUACAUUUUCCA